AAAAAAAAAAAAUUCGUAAUAAUUUAAAAUUCAGGGUUAUUUACAGCACACAAGCACUAUAAAAUCCUCAAUAACUGGAGUUCCAAAAUCCCAAAAAAAAAAACAAAACAAAAAAAAAAUAAAGAAAUAAAAAAGGUUUUGAGAGAAUUGGACGCUCUUAGUCACCUUUCUUCCACCACAGAAAAACCUAAUCAUGUCAAAAUACAAUAAAAUCCGACACAUUGUGAGACUCCGUCAGAUGCUCCGAUCAUGGCGGAUUAAGGCAACUUCGCCGUCUUCUCACCACCGUUCGCCGCCGGAUGUGCCGGCGGGACACGUGGCGAUCUGCGUGGGGAGCAAUCGCCGGAGGUUCAUCGUGCGCGCGUCGCACCUGAACCACCCAAUUAUCAGGCGGCUGCUCAGCCAGGUCGAGGAAGAGUACGGCUUCUCCAGCCACCCCGGACCUCUAGCGAUUCCGUGCGACGAGUCGCUGUUCGAAGAGAUACUCCGACUCGUUUCCGCCGGCGGCGGCGACUCGGCCGCCAACUCGGAGUUUCACAGAUGCUGCGACGACGUCGUUUCCAGGAAUCAGAACCCUAAUUACUGCUUCGGCGAAUCUCGGCCGUUGCUUUACUGAUCUAUUUUAACCUUCGAAAAUGGGAACUCAAUUCACUUUGCUCUAUUUCAUUUAGCAAAUCUAAUUUGUUUACUUUUUCAUCUGACUGGUUGUGGUAACCCGGUGUAUAAAACUCAACCGAGUCAUCCCGAGUUGACUUGAAAUAAAUAAGCGCGUUUUAUUAGCAAAAAGCGUGUUUUUUUUGUUUUU